AUGCCGUUGCUCGGAUACAAAGAAGACGAGUAUCUUGGACAAGAAGUCGGGCAGAAGAGCAGCGGAACGGCAGGAAAGAGAGGAAUGAUCCGAGCUAUUGCUUUCCUGUUCCUAAUCCUACAACUGCUGACGCUCUCCAAUGCACAAUUUGGUUACGGCGGCUACGGACCCUACGGAGGUUACGGCUACGGACCCUACAUGGGAGGCAUGGGAGGCAUGGGAGGAAUGGGAAUGGGCGGAGGCCCUGUAGCGGGUGCUAUCGAUGGAGCUUUAAUUGGAGCGAUUGAUGGAGCCAUAAUUGGUUCACUUGCUUAG